CCUCCCGCCGCCGUCAGAGUUACAAAGUGCAAGUGUGCCCUCACUCGCCUCCUCAACCCACUUCCCCCAUCGCCGCCUCGCCGCACACUGGCUUGCCGCAAAAUCAGCAUGCCGAGCCCCGAAAGACCUCUGCUAGAGACCAUAGCCAAGUUCCCCCUCUUCGACUGGAUGCGACCGAAGCCACGGCGGGAAGUUGCUCCCGGCGAUGGUCAUCAUUGCGGUUCAAGCGAUUUCGGGAGCAGCAGCAGCAACAACAACGCGGCAGUCAGCACCUGUUCUCCGCGGAAACUAAGGACCCCUCGCCUCUCUGCAGAGGAGAGUACACUGUUGUCCCGGACAGCGCCGAUCAGCACAUGCACGUCCAACAUCUCGGCCGUGUCCUGGUCGGAACAGACCACCGUGGUGGGCAGCAGUGAUUCGUCAACGGGAGCGAGCGGGAUGGCCGCCUUCCCUCGCCUGGGGCACAAGUCAUCACCAGAGCUAAAGCUCGAUAUCGUUGCAGGGGAUGCCCCCGCCGCCGUCCUGGAGACCCGACUCACGGUAGCUCCAGCGCCCACCCCUGCACCGCCGAUGGACAUCCCUUGGCGACUGCUUGACCCGGACUCGGCUACUACCCCCAUGCAAGAGGCUCUCAACCAUUCUCUUGGGCAGAUGGAGUUACGAAUGUCGGGCAGGCACACCACCAAGAACUCAACCGCCUGCAGGAGAAAGGACUACAGCCAAUUCCACCGCCGGACGCAGUCAGCCUUGCCCGUCAGCAGGGCGGACGCGCCCACCGUCGAUAUCCGCCCUACCAUCCCGCUCGGGGGGGGAGGGAGAGUCGAGAACGAUGACGAUGACGCGGGGGGCGCCCCGUCGUCGUUCUGGAAGCUGACCCCACCGGCGCCGCGGCCUAGCGGGGGCAGCGGUGCCGUUGCGCAUGCUGCUGUUAAGAGCCGGCCGCGUUUUGACUUUCCAAACAGCCCCCGCGAGAGUCGCCCUGCUGGCAGGGGGCACUUCGGGUUCGAGGGAUACUUCGCUGCCGAGUCGACGGCUGCUGCCGAAUCUGCUGCUGCUGCUGCUGCCGCUGCUGCUGCUGCUGACGCCAAGGCCGCGGAGUCGUUGAGGCCGUCUUACAAACGACCAGAAGAUGACUUGUGCGUUGAGGGCGGUGUGCCUGUUGAGGAUGGCUUCGAUGAUCCGGAUAGUACCUGUAUGUUCGAGUUCGACGACAUGUGAAGAUGCGAGUGAAAAGGCGAGGGCCUCAGCCCGAACAGGACCCCGCCGUCGGGUGUGUUCUUAAUUAUAUGGGUCGACGAUCACUUAUACGAAACUGCCUGCCGAGUUCUCGUUUUUUGACGGGGCUCUGCGGUUGUGUACAUUCUUGGAGGUUGUCAUGAGAGACGGGAGGGAGGGGGGUGACAACGUGACGCGGUACUUCCUUGUAUUGGUGUGUGCGUGAUUUGUCGCGUCACUUGUUGUCUCCUUAGCCCUGCACGCCGUGCGUAGUGACCAAACCUUCGCACGGACGGGUAUUCAACGAGGGGAGCUGGCAGCUUGGACUUGGCCUUAAUGUGACGCCUUUUAAUAGUCGUGGUUUCAACGGGCGAGGUUGUAGUGGUUGUAAUGUUGGCAUUCAUAUUCGAAUCAUUUGGUCGUUCGGGUGUAUUUCGAUAGUGCCCCAUUGCUGAAGACGGCGCACACAGGAGGUCGUUGGUGCACCUCAAUUUUCAAGGUCGUGAUCGAUUCGUUCGUUGUCCGUCACCAUGAGCUUGGGUGGGGAGACUGUGUCGAGGGAGGGGGGGGUCGUACUCGUAGUUGUGUUUAGUAAAUGUAGGCGGGGAGCGGGGGUAGGCGGGACGGGGCCCUAGAAGCCCUCUACCCGCGGUUGUGGAGACGGAUUGUGAUUCCUCCCCGGCUAGCCUGGGAUAUUCAGUUGCCGUGUCACCUGUGUUGUUUUCGUGAUUUCCUUAGACGCUUAUGUGUUGCUGUGACGCUUGAAACGUGCCUUUCUUUUUUUCGGUCUGGUACUUGUUUUCUUUUGCCAUGUUUCGAGCGUUUUUGUUUUCGACUAUUAACCAAACAAUUAUUUUACGCGUUACAUAUACGUACACGGCAACCCAGGCGUUCUUGGGGAGAACAUGCCGGGCUUGUCUCCUGUGUUCAGUCUCUUCUUGCAAGGCACACUUGUGUCUCCCGUGUGUAUGUCUGAGUGUGUUGAUCACUGUAUCUUUCUACAGGCAUGUGGCCUACAGAUGAACCUGCCCGUUCGUCCUAGCCACCCUGUGUUGUCGGGGUCUCAUCUGUGUUGAUUCUCCACUUACUUCUUUUAACUUCCACCAAGUAUGUCGUCCAUGUGCGUUUCCCCAUAGAUUUCGGCUGGGAGAAAUGUGUGCGCGUGCUGCCUAUUAUUCUUGCCUGUUGGUUGUGCUGAAAAAAUCGUUGUUCGUGGGGUCCAAGGUUUUGAGGUCUAGUACGGAACGUUGGCUAGGCCUUCUUUUGCGUGGGGCUGUCGUGACGUGUACCCAUGCCCACGCGUCGCCCUUCUGUUCGAGUUUCGUAUGAAUGUCUAGGAGUUGCAAAGGGGAGGGCGGGUAGGGGGGGUUCGAGCUUUUCAGAUUCAUUUCGCCUUUUUUUCUGUUGGCUGUCUCGGUCCGCUAGGGAGUGUCAUUUUGUGUUUUUUAAUUGACAGCCUUUGUGGUGUCUGCGAUGUUUCGGCGUUUCAACCGGUUCAGGGUGAAAAGGAAGGGUUGUUUUAGCUCGUCGUCGAAAGCGUCUGGCGGUAUAAACUGGCUGCUGCGAUCGAUCACAAAUCUGCUAGGAGACCAUUCGU